GUUCUACAAAAACUCAGUACAAGCAUGUGUCUGCUUACUAGCCUUGGUUAUUUCAGGUUUGGGGAUUUUCAUUAACACUUCCUGCAGGAUAAUUUCUUUAUUUAUUUAGAUUUUAAGUAAUCAUGCCUUUUACCAAUAAAAACAUUAUUUGAGCAACUCCUCAAGUUUUGGCGCCCCUCCAAAUUAAUUUCCAAACGAAAAAUUCCCCCCACCCACCCCCGGGGUACGAAUCGAAAACCCCUGCUCGCUACUCUCAGAUCGCUGCUCCUUAGCUCCCUGCUCUCAAGCCCCCUGCGCAUGCACAGCCUCACUGCUCACUUCGUCCCACUCUCUCAGUUCCCUCACGCACAGCAGCUUGAUCGCCUCACCGCUCACUCCAUCCCUGCUCUCUGCAACCUUUGAAAAUUGCAGGAAAUGGAUACAUCAAACCCUGCAGUUUUUGUGAACAUGGAUUUGCUGCGUAUGUAUGUGGGACGGAAGGUUCGAGCAGUGGUUCAAGUCAUUCGUUCUGAUGGUGGUGUCAUAAUUGGUAAAUCUACAGAUGAUCAGCAGAUAGUUGUAAAAGGCUCCCCACCUGCUGCUCUAACAACUUUUGUUGAGGUAAUUGGUGUUGCAGACAGUAACCAAUCCAUCCGUGCUGAAAUAUGGACCAACUUUGGCGAUUCAUUCGAUACUCAUAAUUACAAUCAGAUUUGUGUACUUGCAAAUGGGGAGUUCAAACAUUUGUUUAUUUAAGGAGGUACAACAAAGCUAUGUUCAUGAUGAAUCAGCUGGAACAAGCAAUCGUCUCUUUGUAUAGCCAUGCACCUCAUGAUAUAGAGACACUUAUUGUUCUUCAAACAUUUUUGUACGUGGGCAUGGUUUACUAUCAGUAGGUUUUGUGUGUAAGAAGUAUUUUUGUUUUGCCAUUUUGACCAUCUGGAGCGCAGCCCCAUUUUCCUUUGAGCCUGUUAAAGAGGACCUGCUUUUUUCAGAUGCAACAAUUUUCCACAAUUCAUGUGUUUGGGACAUCUCUUGGAGUACUAUGUUUUUCAGUUGUGUUCA